CCUCCAUGUGUCAUUUGAAUCAUAUAAAAGGAGUGGCAACACAAAAGGAGUUUAUUUUAUGACAAAGAGAUGAGAGCAGAGCAAAGGAAGAAUCUGACCUAAAAGCUCAGAACCUCUUGUUUCUUCUGAUUUGAAGGCACCAUGAACAACACAGCAAACCUGACCUCUCAUCAAGAUUUGUGGCGCAAUGUGACAGUUGGAAACACCACCUGGGUUUACCGUCCUGCUGUGAACUCUGCUCUUAAUGAUGCCAUUUCAGCAGUGGUUAUAAUCAUAAUCAUCAUCAACAUGGUUUCACUUGGAUGCACCAUGGAGGUGUCUAAGAUCAAGUAUCACAUCAUGAAACCUAAGGGGGUGGCUAUUGCAGUUGUGUCCCAGUAUGUGAUCAUGCCUCUUACAGCCUUUUGCUUGGCUAAGGGGUUCCAGUUGAGUGAUAUAACAGCUGUGAGUGUUCUGGUCUGUGGCUGCUGUCCUGGAGGACAGUUCUCCAACACAUUGACUCUGGCACUAAAGGGGGACAUCAACCUCAGCAUCGUGAUGACUUCCUGCUCCAUGUUGUUGGCUAUGGGUAUGAUGCCUCUCCUGCUCUACAUCUACUGCAAGAGUUUCCCCAGCGUGCGGAACGCUGUCCCGUAUGUUCAAAUCAUCUUAUCGUUGGUCUUGACCCUUGUCCCGUGUGGCAUCGGCAUCCUCAUCAACACCUACAGGCCACAGUAUUCAAAGAGGGUCACAAAGGUAGGCAUGAUUAUCUUGCUGAUUUUUACUGUGGUGACCUUGACCUUAGCUAUUAUUGCAAACGGACGCUACAUCCUGACUGUGCUGUCUCCUUCACUCUUGGCCAUCGCUGGUCUCAUGCCUUUGAUAGGCUACUGCUUUGGAUAUGUCUUCUCUGCGAUCUUCAGACUCAGCCAAAGGGAGCGGAGGACCGUUUCCAUGGAAACAGGCUGUCAGAAUAUUGUGCUGUGCGCCACCAUAUUGAAGGUAGCCUUCCCUAUCGAAGUGGUGGGUCCUCUGUAUCUAUUCCCGGUAGUCUACUUUGUGUUUCAGUUCUUCGAGGCGGCGAUGAUCAUCAUGCUGUUUUGGUGCUACCAAAGGUUCAAGAAAAAGGAGAAAGAGCCUUACCAGCCUGCGGCCACUGGAGAGGAUUUGAAAGAGUCUGAUGUGUGAUGUCAAUUACCACUCAUAUAUUUCUCUAUUAGCGUGCACUGUUACACCAAAGGGGCUCCAGAUGAAGGAGACAAAAUCAUACAGCUUACUGAACAAACAGAAAAAUGUGCAACUGUAUUUCUUGAUUAUUAUACCAUCUUGUUAUGAAACUUGUUAAUGUUGCAGUAACUUCAUUUACAAAGCACCAGUGAAAAGAAAAUCCAGUUUUAAAUAAAUUUUUGAAAAAUUA